GGAUGUAAACAAUAUGGCGACGAAAAGGCAGCACUGGUCGUGAGGUCACAGUGCUAGGUAUGUUGAAGGGCCCGGCCACAUAACAAGUUCCAGGAUGUCAGGAGUGAAUCCUGGGGGGUCAGCCCUCUACCCAGGUUUAGACACACUCUCCAAAGCUGACCCCGAUGUUGUCAUUGCAAUGGACCUAGAAUACACCAAAAGAAACCAGAAAUGUGUCAGCCCAUUUCAAAACAAAUCAAAGAAGUCUGUCAAAUCUAGAAUGUCUGAUAAGAACAUGAAGAAAGAAGGAACGUCGGCAUCACUUAAAACAAGAGCCAGACAGAUAAAGGCACAUGAGACGGAACCAUUCUUGUCUGUGGACACCAUUCCAGCUGAUAAAAGGAAUCUAUCCACAGAGGGAUCAGCUCGACAUAGUCACCAUAGCAUGAGCAGGGGACAGUCAAGCAGCUGGGCCAGUCCUGGUUCUCCCAGCGGUCAGAGGGGGAUGUCUCGCUUCUCCAUGUACUCGUCGGCCAGCGUACCUGCCAGACACAACUUGACUCGGAGCAGUCGAAGAGGAAUGGCUUCAUCCAUGUCUCAAAGAACCCUGCCUUCCACCAGCAGCAAAGCCAGGACGCUGAACUCACACAUCAAGAGUCCAUUCAAGCACUCCGUACACAAGCCGACCGUCGCAGUACCACCAGAGAAUGAGAGCCCCUCCCAGGAUCUGAAGGACCGGACUGCCCUGGCCACCUACCACAUCAACAAGAUGCUGCUACUGGAUACCCACAGCAGUGGACAGAGGCCAAGGGGGAAACUCCUCAAAGCCAAGCUGAAGCCACUGUACCCAGUCAAAGUUCAAGGCCCACAGAUUGAACACUGUAGAGGAAUUGUUGCAGACACACACUCAUACAGCGCCAGCCCAAGCAAAUCCUUGCAGCGCAGGAAGCAGAUCAUGUCCAGCAUGAACGGUGGUGAGCUGAAGGACCUGAUGGACCGACCACGGACAGUGGAGUCUAUACACCGGACAUCUGUGGCCUCCAGUGUAGAUGAGAAUCGGGACAACUUGCUGGAGGAAGACAUCAGUCAACUCUCACAGGGGUUUCCCCAAGCAUCCUCCUCCGCCUCUUCCCUGCCGAGUGUCUCGACAGUCCCGUCUCAGACUCAUCAAGGCAUCAGUGAAGUGACUCAGCCCUCAGACUUGGCCUCUGCAUCUCCAAUUGUAUCUCCAGAAGGCAGUGAAACAGUGGUCAGAGGAUCAUCUCGGGACUCCAGCAGAGACACCAGUACAGUGUUCCUUACAUCGGGCAGAAAUGUGGAGGCUCUGACUGAUGACCCUGUGUCAGGGGAAGUUAUUCCACCUGAAGUGGAAGCUGCAUCAAGGGAGGUAAUACAGAUGGCCCGAAAUGCUGGAGAAAGAAUAAGUCUUUUGGGAAUUGACACAAAAGACUUGUUGGAAGCUGAGGGUCGAGAUGAUGUUGUGGAGGCUGAGAAGAGUAAUGGUGGAUCAUGUGAGAAGAUGACAUAUGUUACUGCAGGUACUGCCCAGGAGGAACACCAGAGUGGGAACUCAUCAGUCGAAGGAAGAGUCCGACCAUAUAGUGCUACAACCCAACUCACACAGAACUUCAGGACAACAGAAACCAGGCCUCUCUCCACUGGUGAUUUGUCUCGUCGUAAAAGUACAAGUAAAUCAGUUCGUUUUGCAGAUGAGACUGAAAGCCCCAAAGUAGAAGCAUGGAAUGAUGCAGUGAUUGACAAGGAUGUGUCUUCAGGAAGUCCAGACUCCAAUAAUAAAGCAUGUGAAAAUGAGGGUAACAAUCUUUCUUCCUCCAAUCAGUCUAAGUCACGAUGCAAACCCAGUGAGAUAGAACUAGGCAAAGAACCUGAGGAUCCUGAUGAUGACAAAGAGAAUUAUUCGCCAAAGAAAUCAGUGUAUUUUCAAUCUUCACAGACAUUUUCACAAACUUUGGCAUCAACAAGUCAACAAUGUAGCUCAAAUAAAACUCCUGACAAGACAACAAGCAAUGCUUCUGACUCUGUUGUUCGGACAUCGUUCAUGGAGGAAUUCCUGGCACAUGCAGCUCCUGUUGAUGAUUCCGUCUGUUCAGUCAGCUCAGAGGAGUGCCAGCUAAAUGCUGUCCAAAAUGACAAGGGGCCAUGUGAAGACCAAGAAGCUACUGCAAGGCCAUUUCCACUCAUUUCUCUGUCAGAGAGAAUUGCAGCUGCAAAUAUUUGUAUGCCAGUAACUUCUGAUAAAAGUAUGCAUUUUACUGAACCAGAUAAGGAACAGAAAGAGGAUGAGGUUGAGGAAGACUUAGAAGAGGUCAUUAUAGCAUCUGAUCCACCAGUUGUUGAAACUUUCAUGGAAUCUGAUCCGUCAGUUAAUGUAACAUUCUCAUCUCAUGAAAUGUUGAAUCAGUUUGAACAUUGUUAUGGCAGUGUUAACAAUUUGAUAGAAAAGCCACCUGUUAAUGUUAAUCGUAGAAAGAAAACUAAGGGAAGAGGAACAACAGCAUCAGAAUUUAAAAAACGUCCUUUCUCUCCUCCAUGUCCUCCCAGCCAAAGAAAAGAAAGUAAUGCAUCUUCACGAAGUAGAAGGGGGAAGAGCAGCCAAUCACCUUCAAAGCCCUCAUCCUAUGGGGUAGGAGCAAGGCAUCAUUACCCAUCAGAUCUAAUUGACAGUGGGGCUGAGAGUGGAACAGAUAAACCAGUAUGUAAAACAAAUAUCCAAGGACAAAGUAAAUCACGUUCAACCCAGAAAAGACCAAGUAGUGGCCGGUCUGUUAGUAGUUACAGCAGCCAAACAAGCAACUCAAGUUCAGGCAGGUUAAAACACAAUGUACCAAAUCCAACUGGAUUUCAUAUUGAUGAGGAAGAGAUAGAGGUUCUCACAUUUGAUGACCUGGACCAUCAGAUAGAUUUGAUUCAAUCAGAGCUGAAGAAAAAUAUUGAUCAGCAGGCCCAGCUCCUUAGCGAGACAGAACAUCUUCGUCAUUCUCUAAAAAGUAGAGAGGACUUUUACUCUAAUCCAGACAAAGUAAAUGACGAGGAUGCAGAAUCUGUUUGGUGUCCAGCAGCAUCCCUUGGUCUUCAGUCUGAUGGUUACUACCAGUCACUUUUGAAGACCUACAGGAAGAAGUGUAUGGAGGUGAGUGAGAACUGCCUGAUGAUCAGUGAACACAUCACAAGUCCAAGAUGGCAGGGGUCAGUCGCAGUUUCUGGGGGAACUGGGAGUGAAGAAAAGGCAGCUGAAACACCUGAAAACAUAUCUCAGAACACCGAGGGGAAAGUGCCACUUACAGAAGAUACCUCACAUUCAGACAGAGGAGAUGUAUCUGAAGAAUGUGAAGAGCAUGACCAUGGUUGUGCAGAACAGACUGAGAUUUCAGAGAAGGAAGACACCACUGACAGAAUCCCUGAGAAAGCAGACACCUUCCUGAAGAUGCUGUGUACAACAGUGGAGGAAGUGGAACAGCCUGUUGUGAAGUCUACCUGUUUGGAGAUAAGACAGCACCACGUUUCAGGCAAGAAGGAGCUUACCGUAGUAGCAACCACAAAGGAAUUGUCAAAACAGAAAGUGAAGAAAGCUGACAAACCUUCAGCCCCAUUCCCCCCUUUGUGCUUCUCCAUCAACGCCCGGCCGCCACAGGGAUAUCUGUACUACUUCGCCUACGGGGCAGACAUGAACAAUGACAGGAUGAGCCUGUACUUGAAGAGGGACAUCAGCCAGCGUUUCUGGGGGCUCCUCAUGGGUUUCAGUCUGGUCUUCAACAAGAAAGGUGCAGAUGUUGAAGCAGGAUGCUUCCCCAACAUAGAGUUCAACCCAUUCUGCUCCGUGGAGGGCUGUGUGUAUCAACUGACUCAGGCAGAUCUCAAUGUUCUGGACAAGUGUGUUGGAGUCCCACAGCAUUACUGCCAUGUUGUCCUGCCAGUGUGGAUGUCCAAUACCACAGACCCAGACAAACUUGGAGUGGCUCAGUACUGUGUGCCAGCCGUCAUCUACAUAGCACAGGACCAGUGGGUGGACAGAGAUGGUGGCCUGUCAACUGAGUACAGCAUCUCCCAGUGCAGGAAGAGUGCGGAUCUGCUCACACCAGCAUACAGAGGUCACCUGACCAAGCUGGCCUCUGUGUCCGGCCCUGCGCUCCAGCCAGCAACAGCAUAGCCCUGUCUGACCACCCUCUCCAGCCGGACACACAAGAUCCACCACUAUACCUACUGAACUUGUCUCCAGCUGAUUCCAAUGUUGCCUCUAUGACACAGCGCUUGUCAUGUGGUAAAGGUAGAACGAGAAAAGUAUUAUUCAAUAUUGAAAGCUAUUUUGCUAAUAUGUUAAAAGUUUGCUAUACACAAAACUGCUCAACAUUGUUUAUAAUCCUGGAAAUAUUUUCAGGCAAAACUGUAUUUCAUGAGUAUGUCAGACAUACCUUAGUUAUGUAAAGUAAAUUUUGUUAAAAACUCUGUGUCUUUGUGAAUAAUAUAAACAAUAAGAAAUUGUUUAUCUGUGAAGAAGUACGAGGUGUUGUGUUUUCAACCAUUUGUUAGUUGUGGUUAUGAUUUUCAAUUUUGUUGAGCUUGUUGUUUUAAUAAUUUGUAGUUACUACUGACAAGAAAGCUAGUGAAUUUUUAAACCUAUUUUGAUCUAAAAAAAAUAUUCAAAUUUGGCAAAUGUUUAUAAUUGUACAAUUGCUGAAAGAAGGAAUACUGAAUACUGUUUUGUAUUUAAGUAAUUACCCAGACCAGGCGGCAGCUAUGGAGAUUAAGGCUUUAGCCUUAUUGUAUUUUAUUUUUGUGUUUUGUACUGUGAAAAAAUGUGAAUGUUUUGUAUAUAUACACUCAUACUUACAUUGGUGUUAACCCUGUCUCACAUUGAAAUUUGUUAAGCUAUGUUGUAAAUAUAACUGCAUUUUUAUGAUAUGUUUUCUGUGUGUAACUGCAAUGAAAUUGCACAAUACUGUGAUACUGAUGUACUGCUGUACUUGUUGGAACAUGGGUCUACAAGUGUAUCCACUGUGGGCUUCACAAACAGUUGCUGCUUGUGAUGGAGAUCAAGUUCAUUCGACAUGUUUGAAAGUGAUUUUAUAUUUAUAUAUGACAAGAGAACACCUUAUACUCUUGAUGUCUUGAUGCAUGACAUGAUUGAAAAGAGUUGGGUUACAGUUUGAGAUGUCAUUUUGUGUUUUAAACAUCUUUGUUUAA